AUGGCGGCGCGGUUACUUUUCGCUACGCUCGGCUCUGCGGGUCCCCGGCGCCGGCCCUUCUCUGCCCGGGCCAGUCCUCUGCAAACUGAAGAACAUGGCACGAAGCGCCUGGAACCAUCUUCUGCUAAAACUUUGAUGGAUAUAGGCACUCGGAGAAUCUUCUCAUCAGAGCAUGACAUCUUCAGGGAGAGUGCCAGGAAGUUCUUUCAGGAAGAAGUGCUGCCUUUUCACGCAGAAUGGGAGAAGGAUGGCCAAGUGAGCAGGGAGCUCUGGGAAAAGGCUGGACAUCAGGGUUUGCUGGGUGUUGCUAUUGCUGAAAAACAUGGAGGCAUCGGAGCGGAUAUUCUCUCUUCAGCCAUUGUCUGGGAGGAGCAAAUGUAUGUUAACUGUACAGGCCCAGGGUUCAGCCUUCAUUCAGAUAUUGUCAUGCCCUACAUUGCAAACUAUGGCUCUGAAGAACAGAUUAAACGCUUCAUCCCCCAAAUGGUUGCAGGCAAGUGCAUUGGAGCUAUCGCCAUGACAGAACCUGGGGCUGGCAGUGACUUGCAGGGAGUACGGACAUAUGCGAAAAAAGAUGGAAGUGACUGGAUUCUUAAUGGGAGUAAGGUAUUCAUCACUAAUGGUUGGAUGAGUGAUGUCGUGAUCGUGGUUGCGGUUACAGACCGGGAGGCCCGAUCCCCUGCUCAUGGGAUCAGCCUUUUUCUGGUGGAGAAUGGAACAAAAGGCUUCAUCAAAGGACGCAAGCUGAACAAAAUUGGCCUGAAAGCUCAAGACACAGCAGAGCUGUUUUUUGAAGAUGUGCGGUUGCCAGCCAGUGCCUUGCUUGGAAAAGAGAACAAAGGCUUCUACUAUCUGAUGGCAGAGCUCCCUCAGGAAAGACUUCUAAUUGCUGAUAUGGCUCUGGCUGGCUGUGAAUUCAUGUUUGAAGAAACAAGAAAUUAUGUGAGGCAAAGAAAAGCUUUUGGGAAGACAAUUGCACACUUGCAGACGAUACAGCACAAGUUGGCAGAAAUAAAAACGCAAAUUUGUGUGGCCCGAGCCUUUAUGGACAACUGUCUGCAGCUCCACGCAGAUAAACGCCUGGACUCUGCCACAGCUUCUAUGGCAAAGUAUUGGUGUUCUGAUCUCCAAAACAGCAUAGCUACUCAGUGUGUGCAAAUGCAUGGAGGAUGGGGGUACAUGUGGGAGUAUCCAAUUGCAAAAGCUUUUGUGGAUGCCCGUGUUCAGCCAAUCUAUGGUGGUACCAACGAAAUAAUGAAAGAACUUAUUGCUAGAGACAUUGUCAGUGACAAGUAGGGCAGAUGCUUACUACUUUGGAGAGUCUCAGAGAAUCCUUUUAUAUAUUAAUAUAUGGCAUAAAAUCAGGCAUCAGAAUGUAAGGUAAAUAAAUUUGGUGUAUCAUAUUCUUUAAAUGAAGUGACACUUAAAAAAAAGAACAACUAGUAACACCAGGGUGCUCAUAUGCAGGAUAUCUAAUAUCUAAUGAACUUUAAAUGUUUUUGGACAACACGGAGUACUCUGUUUCAAGAGUUUUGAAUCCAGCCCUCAGUUUUCAGAAUCAUAUUUCCAGAGGAGUCAUAUUCUUAACUAAUAAACAAAAUUAAAUGUUAAUGUAACUUUGAAUUUGUAUUUCCCCUUGAGAAGUAGAACUUGAAACUUUCGCUAUUGUUGCUAUACACCUGCUCACUGCACAGCAGCCGCCCGCUGUGCAGCUGACCCUUAUGUUUACAUCUAACCCGGAAUGCCUUAUUUUAAUUAGUUUGUUCAAAUAAACGUAAUAAAGCAUUUCUAUGCAAUCUCA